AUGCUAGAGAAAGAAGCUGAGGAUUGGUGGAGUAAAAAUGUGCAAAGAUUUGAUGAGGAAGACAUAAAAGUUACUUGGGCUCUCUUCCGUGAUGCAUUUUUGGAAAACUAUUUCUCGGAAGACGUGCGUGGAAAGAAAAAGGUGGAAUUUUUGGAAUUGAAGCAAGGGAAUGGAACUGUAGCGGUGUAUGUUACAAAAUUUCAAGAGUUGAUCAUGUAUUGUCCUCAUUACAAUACUAUGAAUGCAGAGAAGUCUAAGUGCUUGAAUUUUGUGAAUGGUUUGAGGCAUGAUAUCAAGAAAGCUAUUGGUUACCAACAAAUUACUCGUUUUACAGAGUUGGUUAACAAGAGACGGAUUUAUGAUGAGGAUAGUAGGGAGAGUGCUUCUCACUACAAGUCUUCGAAUGAUGGGAAAGGGAAUGGACCGUACCGUGGGAAACCGUAUGAAGAUAAUGUGGAGGGUAUGACAGAUAAGAAGAAGCAGAAAUAUGGUUAUGGCGGAAAGCCAAGUGGAGGAGGAGCUAUUACUCCGAUUAAGCGCUACAAGUGUGGUGUCAAGGGACAUCAUGGUAAUGAAUGCAACGGGAACUUUGGAAAGUGUUUCAAGUGUGAUAAGCCGGGUCACAAAGCUGUGGAUUAUAGAGUUGGUUCGAGUGUGAUUGCUAAAAUUGUGGUUAGCAAGGGCACAUUAGCUUCAAGUGUGAUAAGCUAA